CCUAGGCCUCGACUGGCACUCUCACACCGAAAACCCGAAUUUUGAUACACGGCUUCGAUCUGGAUACUGCUGUGCCAUCUUGUCUGUUUCCCUUGGCUGAAGAGAACUUGACAGCAAUGUUGGCCCUCCCCACUCGCUGAAGAUGUUCCGCCGUGCAUACCCGGACGGUGAGUCGUGACGACAGUCAUCGUCGCGGAUCAUGCGCUGCUUGUCCAAGUUGUAGCGGCUCUAUGAUUAUACAGUCAGAAAGACACUCAAAGCAUCGGGGCAAGCGGUUAUGAGCCGUGGUGAUGUCUAGAUGAGCGGCAAGUAGCAUCCUACCACUGAGUGUUUCAUCCUGUCGAGUGCAUGGCCUUUGUGCGUCUUUCUCAACCUCUUGACUUCUUGCGCUGUCAUGCCCUGACUUGAAGCACAAGUUUACCCGUGCUUCCCUUCACCGGUGAAUCACCGUUCGCGUCCUUCAGUGCUUCAUCUGAUCUCUUGCUCUUGUCUUUUUCUUUAGAAUUCGUGCACGUGUUGAUCCUUGGCGCUGCACAGUAACUCCCCAGGUCUCAUCGCUUGUAGAACACCUGUGAGCGAGGCUCAGUAUUUCCACCCUGGUCGCAAGCACCAAUUCACCGGUGAUGAUCCGGAAGCGAACUCAUAUCCCAUACGACCAUCCAGCUCGCUGGGCUUCUGCAUUCUGCGGCACGCUUGGGGCAUUGAUCUCUAAGCCAUGCAACAAGGUGCCUCGGACUGCGUGCCCCCGAACAGCAAUCAAUGUAUACAUCCGCCAGCUUCCGUCUGAGUCCGGAGGCCCUCGGACGGAAGCCCGGAUCCCGGUGGUUCAGGAUGUUGGUCGCUCCGGACUGUGCGUCUUGGGGGUGGGAAUAGAACUUGUCGGACGUGCGGCGAAUCCGGCGUAGAACUCACGCAGUCCGCAUGUCGAACCUCGGGCACCUAGUGGUCAGGUUCGGAGUGCCUGCGCUAACAGACUUUUUCCGUGUGGCUAUAUCUCUUCCCGUAUCGUGGACACUAGGUCGUCUAUUUUCUCUUCUGCGGGCACGUCCUUGUCUUUUGGCGUCUCUGAUUCAUCUUCUGGGAACAUUUGACGGAAGGUGGCCACUGAACACCGCUAUAUCCGGUUUCCAUGCUCGGAUACUUCUUGACGAGAUAUGGCCCGCCGAAGCCUUGCGUAGGUUCAAUCCCCAGGAGCGAAGGUUGGGAUAAAGGGAGUGGACGUGCAUCCUAGUUGAGCUUGCACUCUUCGCCGCAAUGUACGCCAGCUUCCCUCAGACCCAAGGCCAAAAUGUCUACAGCGUUGGCGGAGACUCUGGUCUCUAUCUGCUGAGAGCAACUAAGUACGUCAAAGUGUCCUCAGCAACCCUUUUGGUGGAAUUCUUUAUGUCCUCUAUCCUGGGUUACAUAUGUUAACUUAUACUAGGUCCUCGAAAUACUGUCGACCCUCCCCGACGAGGUUGCUCUCGUGUGGCCAGGAAGGUUGAGCAUGUCCAAAGCUCUGUACUUAUUCAACAAGUACUCGCCCAUCGUGGACCAGGCACUGGAUCUAGUCACGAUCUUCCAAACAACUACGAGUUUACAGCUCUGCUUAUCGCAUUACAAGGUCAUAUCUAGCUUCUACUUCAGCGGCACGAUUUGUUCCGAAGCUAUCUUGCUCGCCAGAACGAUCGCUCUAUGGGGAUGGAACAAGUACGUACUGGCCUUACUUGCCGGAGGAGCGAGCGCCAUUGGGAUGGUGUGCGUCUAUGCUGUUUACCAGUCCAACCUAUACGUCGAGUUUCCUGCGGUGAAUGCAUUGCGUCUCAUAGAGUGUGUUCCAAGCAACCUGGAUGCUUGGCCAGCAUUAGCGUGCAUGGUUCUCGGGGACACCGCUAUCAUCGUAUUGACCUUCGUACUAUGGUAUAGAGAACGCAGAGCAGCUCCGAGAGCCACGAUAAGAACAUUGUUUCCUACCAUCUAUCGCGACUGCGCGCUAGCUUAUCUUGUCAUAGGGACGAUCUCAGUGGCCAAUCUCCUGGUGCUCAUGCUCGCCGAACCGGAGUUUUCCUCAGCGAUGGAGAUGCCCCUCAGGGUAGUGCAUAGCACCCUGGUCACGCGAGUUCUGCUCAACCUCCGUAGUUCCGCUGCCAAGACCUCGGGAGACACGUCAUAUAGAGAGCAAACGAGGGUCACGACUUUGGGAUGGGAACUGGCCACCAGUGGAAUGCCACAGGACCGUAUAUCUCUCAGAGAUGCUGAAGAUUCCGGGAACGCCAUUUGACACUGCCUGUUGCCUCUGGACUGCCAUUCUGUUGGAUUGUUCUUGCAAAUGAAGGCGACAAUCAUGUAGAGUCGGCGAGAAACAUGACCGCCGCGCACUUUCGGAGUCUCCAGGGACAUGAACAGGCGGGCGAAACACUUUCAGUAUAACUGACCACACCGACUUCUAUCACAAAUUCUGUCAAGAGGCGCUUCGAGAGAAACCUUGAGGGCGGUCAUCGGUACAGGCAGCAGUGGGCGGCGGCGAGCGUCUGUCGUCAUAGGUACGAGACACCCGCGCCACAUGGACCCAGCCUUGAAUCGCUCCUCGUACCUCUUGACCCAUGAUCAUCAGUUGUCUUAUCCUUCUCAAUCACUCCGUUAUGCUACCUUGGCCCUCAGAAAUGGAUACUUAGGUCGCAUGUAUUGACAGAGGCCCUCGUGACUUUCGGCGAACUUAGAAACAAACUCUAGAUGCUCGGCGAGUCCUAAAUUCGGUGGCCUUACAGCAAUGAACCAUAUAC